CCCCUUAGUCUGAGAAAAUCUUAAAACUCUGAAGGGAGGAACAGAAGUCAUUUCUACGAUAAAGAGAGGAGCGACCACUUUCAAGCCAACGAAGCCAAGCAAACGAGAAAAAUGGUGUCUAUGUGCCGACAGAUACUGGGCAUGUCCCUAGGAAUUAUUGGUUUCAUCGGAGCUAUUGUGAUUUGUGCCCUUCCUAUGUGGAAGGUGACCGCAUUCAUUGGAGCCAAUAUUGUGACUGCGCAGACCAUCUGGGAAGGCUUGUGGAUGAACUGUGUGGUACAAAGCACAGGACAAAUGCAGUGCAAAAUAUACGACUCCCUCUUGGCCUUACCUCAGGACUUGCAGGCUGCUCGGGCACUUGUGAUCAUCGCCAUCAUUGUGUGCAUCUUUGGGAUCAUCCUGGGGAUUGCUGGUGGAAAAUGUACCAGCUUUGUCGAGAGUGAAAGCACCAAGGUGAAGGUGGCUAUUGCUAGUGGUGUAAUCUUCAUCAUCGCUGGAGUGCUGGUUCUGGUCCCCGUCUGUUGGUCAGCUAACACCAUCAUCAGGGAUUUCUACAACCCCUUGCUCACAGAUGCCCAAAGAAGGGAGAUGGGACCUUCUCUCUACAUGGGAUUUGGUUCAGCUGCACUGCUGAUCCUGGGAGGAGGUAUACUGUGUAGCUCCUGCCCACCUAAGGAGGACAACUAUGGCGUAAAGUACUCUCAGCCACGGUCCUGCAAAAUAUACGACUCCCUCUUGGCCUUACCUCAGGACUUGCAGGCUGCUCGGGCACUUGUGAUCAUCGCCAUCAUUGUGUGCAUCUUUGGGAUCAUCCUGGGGAUUGCUGGUGGAAAAUGUACCAGCUUUGUCGAGAGUGAAAGCACCAAGGUGAAGGUGGCUAUUGCUAGUGGUGUAAUCUUCAUCAUCGCUGGAGUGCUGGUUCUGGUCCCCGUCUGUUGGUCAGCUAACACCAUCAUCAGGGAUUUCUACAACCCCUUGCUCACAGAUGCCCAAAGAAGGGAGAUGGGACCUUCUCUCUACAUGGGAUUUGGUUCAGCUGCACUGCUGAUCCUGGGAGGAGGUAUACUGUGUAGCUCCUGCCCACCUAAGGAGGACAACUAUGGCGUAAAGUACUCUCAGCCACGGUCCGUUGCCACCAGCAAAGCCUACGUCUGAAAGAGAUCAAGCACACUAAGACUUUUUACUUGCAAAGACUCUCUUUUUUUCCUCGUAAAACCUCUUUAUUCCCAGCUGUGGAUAUUUUUUUUCCCAAGGAGAAACAGUAGAAGAACAGUGUCUGAUAUGACAUAUAGUUUAUAUACUGAGGUUUUUUGCUGUGGUUAUGCAGACCACUGAAAGAGAAAAUUGUGUAUGUAUAAUGUGAUGAGAGGAAUCCAACUCAGGGAAGCAACAGAGAUCUGUUUUUCAUAAACAAGCCAUUCUUGCAAUUUAUGUUUAAUAUGACAAUAGUCAUAUUUUUAUUAAUCAGAAAAUGAAAUAUAUAUAACUGUUAAAAAAACACAAUGUCUAUGGUUUUAUAAAAAUGUGC